AUGGCUGACGAGUACGCAGACUUGAAGCUGAUGUUGCAGCAGAAGCUGAAGCAAAUGGAAGCACUUACCGUUAAGCUGUCCAACUCGUUCAUGGGUCAUUCAAGUGCGGCUGGUGGUUCGCAAUCUGUUGAUCACAUUGCCGGCAGCAUCACGGAAUUCUUGUAUGACCCGCAGGCCCAUAUCACCUUUGAUUCCUGGUACAAACUAUACGAGGACUUGUUCUCUGUCGAUCUGGCUGCCCAGGACGAUGCAUGGAAGGUUCGACUCCUACUUCGCAAACUGGGUCCGGCUGAACACGACCGUUAUGCAAACUUCAUCCUCCCCAAGAAUCCCCGAGAGCUCGCUUUCAAGGACACGGUCGGGACGUUGUCGCAGAUUUUUGGUGAUCAAUCAUCCCUUUUCUACACUCGAUUUCAGUGCCUGCAGCUGUGCAAACGCGAUUCCGAUGAUUUUAUCACGUAUGCGGGCAUUGUCAAUCGUGAGCGUGGGCGUUGUCAACUCGGUUCUCUAACUGAAGACCAGUUUAAAUGCCUUAUAUUUAUCUGCGGCCUCCAGUUCCCCAAGGAUGCUGAUAUCCGGACACGUCUCCUGUCCAAAGUGCAGCAGGGCAACUCUAUCACACUCCAAGAGCUGGCAGCAGAGUGCCAAACGCUGAUCACUCUCAGGCACGACUCUGCAAUGAUUCAGAACCCUGCCUCAUCUUUCUCAGUCCAUUCGGUCACAUCGACCAAAUCGCGGCCCAAGCAAGUGUCCAAGGCGAGAUCUCCGCCAUCCCCUUGUCAGCACUGUGGCGCGUGGUAUUUCCACGGGGAUUGCACUUUCCGCCAGCAUCGCUGCCAAAGCUGUAAUCAGGUGGGACACAGUGAUGGGUUUUGCAAAUCAGUACCAACUUCUGGAGGCAAGCCGACCCCCGUCAUUCCUAAUUCCAGGCAUCGUUUCCGGCCAAAACCCAAGUCCAAACUCCAGUUCGUUGGUAAUUAUCUGAGUCUCUUGGCCGCUUUCCAGCUCAAUGCGUCGGGUCGAAAAAAUUUGUUGACGUUUUUCUCAAUGGCCACGCAGUUGGCCUACAGUUGGACACUGCCUCAGAUAUCACCAUCAUCUCUGAGAGACUCUGGCAGUCUCUUGGCAGCCCCACGAUCCAGUAGACUUCUCAGUCCGCCACAAGCGCGUGCGGUGGUCUCGUACAGCUAAUUGGGCAACUGCAAUUCUGUGUGUCGUUCCGCGGUACCAGCAUCACCGCGACCUGCUACAUCAGCAAGUCUGCUCUCAACCUACUUGGUCUCGACUGGAUUGAACAACUUGGGUUGGCCGAUAUGCCGCUCCGCGUUGUUUGCAGUCAGGUGCAGAUUCCCGCUGUGCUUGCAGACCAAGCCAAGGACAUUCUCCAACGGUUUGCUCCAGUGUUCCAAGACGGUCUGGGUCGUUGCACAUACACUCAAGCCGUGCUACAUCUGUCUCCAGGAAGUCAACCAGUCUUCCGUCCAAAGUGACCAGUCCCAUAUGCAGCUCUACCACUUGUCGAAGCUGAACUGAAGCGUCUAGAGGAAUUGGGAGUUCUGGUUCCUGUAUCCUACUCCGUUUGGGCCGCUCCAAUCGUUGUGGUUAAGAAGCCCAAUGGCUCGAUUCGCAUUGGUGCUGACUUCUCCACCGGCCUCAAUGCCGCACUGACGCCGAACUGCUAUCCACUACCGGUUCCGACUGAUCUUUUCACCCUGCUGAAUGGUGGCACUUGCUUUGCCAAGUUGGAUCUCGCUGACGCGUAUCUGCAGAUCGAGGUCGCCCCAGAGUCGCGCGAAUUGUUGACCAUCAAUACCCACCGCGGUCUGUUUCAAUACACCAGGCUGCCCUUUGGUGUCAAGACCGCCCCGGCCCUAUUCCAACAAACGAUGAACGCAAUGCUCUUCGGCAUCCCUGGCACAGCUGGGUACCUGGACGACAUCAUCAUCGUGGGUCGCUCCCCUGCCGAGCUGCAAGACCGAGUGAGCGCAGUACUCGAACGCGUGCAGGAAUAUGGCUUUCGCCUACGAGCCGAUAAGUGCCAAUUCUUCCUCGACUCCAUCAAGUACCUUGGAUUCGUUUUUGACGUCACUGGUCGCCAUCCAGAUCCUGAAAACAUUCCGGCCAUCCAACGGAUGCCUGCACCCAAGAAUGUAUCGCAACUUCGUUCGUUCUUUGGCCUGAUCAGUUACUAUAGCGCCUUCCUACCAUCGCUGCAUGACGUACGGGCCCCGCUCAACCGUCUGUUGCAGAAGGAUGCUCCUUGGUGCUGGUCCCCCGACUGUGAAAAGGUCUUCGCCCAGCUAAAGUCGAUGCUGAGUUCAGAUCUGCUGCUCACGCAUUACGACCCGACGCUGCCGAUCGUUGUUGCUGCAGCUGCUUCCAACCCUUUCUCGCCUCAUCAGCAAUCAGCAGGAACCGGAGGAAGAUACCGUGAUUGCAGCUAUUUCGAUUGAGGACGGUGUGCGCCGUCAAUUAUCAGACGCCAUACGAGGUAUCCCUGUCACUGCCGCGGACAUCCGACGUGCUACUGAACAGGAUCCUGUCCUCCGCCAGGCCAUCACCUACGUGCAGACCUGCUGGCCAACCACUGCUCUCGCUGGCGAUCUUCGCCAGCUCUUCCUCCGCCGAGCAUCGCUAUCUGUGGUUGACUCCUGCCUCAUGUUUGCAGACCGUGUGGUGAUCCCAUCUUCUCUCCGACCCACUGUACUACGCCAGUUCCAUGCGGCUCAUCCUGGUGCCAGCCGAAUGAAGUCUAUUGCUCGCAGUUUUGCCUACUGGCCGGGUAUCGACGGCGACAUCGACGACCUGGUUCGACGCUGUUCUCGAUGUCAGCAAGCUGCCAAGAUGCCGCCUCGUCAAGCGCCAGUACCCUGGGAACCAUCAGAGAGGCCUUGGUCACGCGUGCACAUCGACUUCGCUGGCCCACUUAACGGAGUCUCCUAUCUAAUCUUGGUUGACGCCUACUCGAAGUGGUCCGAGAUUGCUCCGCUGAAUCCAGCAACCGCAUCCGUCACUAUCGCCUUCCUACGACGCAUCUUUAGCCAGCAUGGCUUACCAGAAGUCCUGGUUUAG